UCUACAUCUGGUACGCUGUCUGGCACUCCGAUGUAGUCCAUUCUGUAACCACCUUCUACUAUCGUUAACCACCACCAGAAACCCCCUGUCCUGCUCUUGGCAGGUGCUCCCGCGCAUGCCGCUUCCCCGCAUCAACAUCAUCAGAUCUCAUCCUUUUCAUUUCCAUUCCCCCUCUUAGAAUAACAAUCGACUUCAAGGACACAAUAAACCACUAGACCUAUACCAGAUCUAAUAAUCCUUCAUCUAUCAAUCAAUGGCAGCGUAUGCAGCUGCGCCAGGCCUUGCCAAUGACAGUGGUCUGAACCAGACGAUAUUAAAUGAAAUAGACGCCAGUGAUCCGCUAUUUCAUAUCUGCUGGCGAAGACAAUCGUGCGGAAGCUGUUUAAUCGGCGACGUGCCGUGUAGCUGGUGUCCUUUUUCUUCAACCUGCGUUCCGAACCCGUCUCGCAUUCCUAUCUUCUCUCCCUUUCAAUCUGGAAAUUUAUGCCCUCUGGGCUCAAAGGAGAGAUGGGAGAUCAGAACGACUUCAUUCGGGUGCAAUGUUAGUGCGUUGAAUUUCUUGAGUGUGCUCGUGGCUGUCAUUUCUACACUUGCGGUGGUGGGGUUGAUGUUUCUGCUGGUGUGGAUAGGGAAGAAGGUAGCGCGCCAGUGGACAGAGAAGAGAGCGAAGGGUAUCACUGUAAUUGAGUGGGUCAGGUCGAGAGACUGGAGGAUUUGGCGUCCUCAGAGAUGGAUACGAAGGGAUAAUGAAAGACACGAGGAAGCUGUUGCUAACGAUGGCGAUGUUGAGGAGGGUGGAGAGAGGAGACCUCUGCUGGGUUAAGGGAGAGGCUCUUCCCACCGUAACCUUCCCGAUGCUACGAUCUGAUCUCAAUAAUAUCAUGUGUAAUAUAGAAUAAUUGCAAUAGUGGUUUAUUUUUCAUUAGCCAUUCUAUAUCUUCUCCCGAUGAACAUAUACUGGAGGGACUCGAUAACUAGCA